AUUGCAUUUUAAAACUUCCUGUACUUCUUCAUCUAGACUCCCCUUUAUGUUGUAAGCCAUGGUGAGACUGGACCAAUCCGAUGUAACCGGUGCAAAGCUUAUAUGUGUCCUUUCAUGCAGUUUAUCGAAGGUGGAAGGAGAUACCAGUGUGGAUUUUGCAACUGUGUAAAUGAUGUCCCUCCAUUCUUCUUUCAACAUCUGGACCACAUUGGCCAGCGGGUAGACCACUAUGAAAGGCCUGAGCUGUCUCUGGGAUCUUAUGAAUAUGUUGCUACUUUGGAUUAUUGCCGAAACAACAAGCCUCCAAAGCCACCAGCUUAUAUCUUCAUGAUUGAUGUAUCGUACAGAAACAUCAAGAGCGGUCUGGUUAAACUCAUAUGUGAUGAGCUCAAGACUCUUCUAGAUAAACUUCCAAGAGAAGAGCAAGAGGAAUCCUCAGCAAUUCAAGUUGGUUUUGUCACUUAUAACAAGGUCCUCCACUUCUUUAAUGUCAAAAGCAGCUUAGCUCAGCCUCAGAUGAUGGUGGUCUCUGAUGUUGGAGAAGUUUUUGUUCCUUUGAUGGAUGGUUUCCUUGUUAACUUCCAGGAUUCACGAUCUGUUGUUAUCAACUUGUUGGACCAGAUUCCAGAGAUGUUUGCAGACACUAAUGAGAGUGAGACCAUCUUCGCUCCUGUUAUCCAGGCUGGGGUGGAGGCACUAAAGGCUGCAGAAUGUGCUGGAAAAUUGUUUAUUUUCCAUUCUUCAUUGCCAACUGCGGAAGCACCAGGGAAGAUGAGGAACAGAGAUGACAAAAAACUACUCAAUACAGAUAAAGAAAAGAUGCUCUUCCAGCCCCAAGUAAAUUCUUAUGAGCCCUUAGCCAGGGAUUGUGUGGCCAAUGGCUGCUGCGUGAAUUUGUUCAUCUUCCCAAAUGAGUAUGUGGACAUAGCCUCCAUGGGUCUUGUCACACUGUACACUGGAGGAACACUGUACAAGUACAACAAUUUCCAGCUCGAUGCCGACAGCCCACGGUUCUUAAGUGACCUCAGGAAGGACAUAGAAAAAAAGAUCGGAUUUGAUGCAAUAAUGAGGGUUCGGACUAGUACAGGCUUCAGGGCUACAGACUUUUUUGGUGCCAUUUACAUGAACAACACCACAGAUGUAGAGAUGGCAGCAGUUGACUGUGACAAGGCAGUGACAGUAGAGUUCAAACAUGAUGACAGACUGAAUGAAGACAGUGGAGCCUUAAUUCAGUGUGCUGUCCUUUACACGUCCAUAAGCGGGCAAAGAAGACUUCGCAUACACAAUAUAGGUUUGAAUUGUAGCUCCCAGUUAGCAGAUGUCUACAAGAGCUGUGAGACAGAUGCGCUUAUCAACUUCUUUGCUAAGUCAGCUUUUAAAGCCAUUCUAAGCCAACCGCUAAAGAUGGUCAGAGAGAUGCUGGUGAACCAUACAGCUCACAUGCUGGCGUGUUACAGGAAGAACUGUGCCAGCCCCUCAGCAGUAAGCCAGCUCGUUCUUCCAGAUGCAAUGAAGGUGCUACCUAUGUACAUGAACUGCCUGUCAAAGAGCUGCGUGCUAGUUGGUAGGCCAGAAAUUCCAACCGACGAGCGAGCUUACUAUCGCCAGCUGGUCACCUCUAUGGGGGUAGCUGACACACAGUUGGUUUUCUAUCCCCAACUUCUGCCACUUCACAGCCUGGAUCUGAAGAGUGAUGCCAUCCCAGCUGCUGUCCGCUGCUCUGAGGAACGUCUCUCAGAAGGAGGGGCCUUCCUUCUGGCCAAUGGUCUGAUCAUGUUCCUGUGGCUGGGAGUCAGCGUACCCCCAGAGCUCAUCCAGGGGCUUUUCAAUGUGCCGUCCUUCGCACACAUCAGCGCAGAGGCUACUUCACUGCCUGACCUGGACAAUCCAUAUUCUAAGAAAUUUAAGUCAGUACUGAAGCAUAUCCAGAGCCAAAAGCCCUACACUAUGAAGUUGAUGAUAGUGAAACAGCGGGAGCAACCAGAGAUGCUUUUCCGACAGUUCCUGGUAGAAGACAAGAGUAUUUAUGGAGGAGCUUCCUACUUGGAUUUCUUAUGCUGUGUUCACAAGGAGAUCUGCCAGCUGCUCAGUUAAGGAAACUUAAGUAUAACGUGUAAGUUUCAUUUGGAUUUUGCAAGAGGGACAGGUCUUCCUGCCUGAAAGCUGGCCCACAGCUCCACUGUCCCCAGGCAUCCUGUUGUGCUUUAGGGAAUCUUGCCUGUGCCUCUUUUGCACAGUCUUGUUUCACACAGCCUCUCACUGAGUAUUUAGCUUACUUAGAAUAGGAAGUUCUGCACUCAGGUAUUAGUCUUCUGGGAGUCCUGACUCUUUCUGUAAGUGAGUUGCCAGAUAACAAACUGUCAAAGAUUAAGAGCAUAUGAUAUGCAGUUAUUAAAAUGUAAUUAUUCCUUUCACUAGUCUGAAGUUGUACUAGAGCCAGGAAAGAUGCUAGAAAUCUAUACAGAAGUGGAAAAAAAAUACACAAACCUGCUUUUUCUAAGUGAGGUCAUUCAGCUGACAGAUUUGCAGUAAUCAUGUAGUUCAAUUUAAGUUCUUCAGUGUCUUUUGUGUAAAGCUAAACCCUAAAAAAUAAUGCCUUUUUUUCUGGAAGGAACAAGUACUGCUUUCUCCAGAAAGAGAGCUCUGGGUAACCUUCCGCAGUUGGGCUUAUCCAGGGCCCAAAAAAGCUUCUGUUUAUAACUGGACUUGAGUAAGCUUAACAGCAAUGGUCCACAGGAAGAUCAAUGGUCAAACAAUCCUUUUGCUAAGUUUUGCAGCAUACUAGCAUGGUACAAUUCUCUAGUCUUAAGAGCAACAAUUAAUUUAGCAUACUAUUUAAUUACAUUUUCAGAAUUGAACGUUAGGUUUUAUUUGUAUGUUGCUAACUUGAAUAUUCCUAAUAGAGCUUAGAUAAGCAUCUGUCCCUCAAAAUUUCAGUGGCGAGUGAGCUCAAAGAGAGUUGACACAUUAAUCAAAGGUUACUUGUAGUACUAUAAAAAGAAAGCCUCUGGUUUAAUGCCAGUUCUGUUACAGCAACCUCCACUCACAUGACCGAUGCAUUCAAAAGUCACCAGUUUUAAAAAUAAGCCUCUGUAACAUCAGUAUUUAAGGUAGAAUUUGGAAAUCCGGAAUCUUGGGAAGAGCUGUUUACCUCAUGUCUGAGUUAAACUCGUAUCUGAGUAUCCUUCAUCAGUCUAUCUAUACCUUUAAGACCAGUGCCUCUGCAUGAGAGGUUUCAACUCUGCCAAACUUGAGAAGCUACAGCUACAAAAAUCAGUGUUUCAAAGAACACAAAAAAUCCUUAAAAGUAAGGCUUAGAUUGGGGCCUCAAAAAAAAAAAAAAAGUACGUUUCAUCAUGUUGGCAGGCGUUGCUACUUGGUUUAAUCAUUUUAAUAUCCAAUGAGCAGUCAAGAUGAACAUUUUUUGAUUUGACAGCUUAUCAAAACAGAUGUAUUCUUGUGCAUCGACUGCACAUUCUUAAAGUAAGUGGCUAUAUUACAAAGGGAUCCUGGGACUGAACUCAGCUGCCAAGGCAAGGACUUCUUAGCUGAAGAUGUUACCCUGUAAAACAUAUCUGUUGCCAUUCCAAAUCAGUGUACUCUCUAUAAUGACACCAGCAACUCUCUGUGUAAAGAAAUAAGCAAUUAUUAAACAUUGUCAUUGUG